UCAGGCUGAGCACGGAGCAUUUCUGGUCCAGUUUUUACGUGAAAUCUGAUGUUUGCAGAAUAUUAAUGCUUGAAACAAAAUGUCAUCGCAAAUUAUUCGAUCAUAUUCCGGACGUGUGCUUGUGUUAACAAUAACAGUUGCAGCUGUUUACGCAAUUGUUUAUUUCAAGGUAUCAAAGUCCGACAUGGACGGGAAACUUGGUGACAUUGAAACCUCCAUUAGUAAGCUGUCUUUGGACAUCAAAGGGGCGGUGAAUGAGAUGCAUCUUCCAGUUGAAGUGAGGGCCGAACCGUUGCCUCAAUCACAGCCGUUUAAGAAGAUGCCUUCCUGGCACGGAAUUGCGCACAAAAGAACGAACGGGUCAUGGGUAGCAGACGACAGUAUGUGUUCGGAGGAUGAGGUGUAUGAUGAGGCGACUCUAAAAACACCUGCUGGAAAUACGCGCAUCUUCAUCCACGCUAUCAAGGACGAUACCGUUGUUUCGAACUCUCUGAAGAAAGUUGGCGUUUGGGAGCCGGAUGUCAUGUACACUUCUUUUGAAAUACUGAAAGAAAAUAAAGAACACGUUUUCAUCGAUGUCGGGGGAAAUAUUGGAACAUUCAGUCUCGCUGCAGCUAAACUGGGGAAUAGGGUCAUAUCCGUUGAACCGUAUGAUGUCAACACCAAACGCCUGUGCCGAGGUGUGGUAAAAGGUGGGUUUGUUGGACAGAUGUUUGUCAUACACAACGCAAUGUCUGAUGUAAGGCAACCUAUCGCCUUUAAGAUUCACAAGGGUAGUAUUGCCCAUACUCGUAUUGAGAAGAAAACUAACCUCAAUCAAAGCAGCGACGUGAUAACCACCAUUCGGAUGAACGAUCUUUUGGAGAUGUUUGACAUCAAGUCCGCUGUUUUGAAACUUGACUGUGAGGACCACGAGGUUCAGGUGAUGAAGGGCGCUGAGGCGUUCUUCAAUGUGGUUGACGUACGCAUGGUAAUUAUUGAAUGGGACAAACUUUUCCGAAACCCAGAAGCACCAUAUAUAAUAGAAAUGAUGAAACGAUUCAAGUUGAAACCAUAUACGAUUGGCAAAAAUGCUAAGCCUUUGAACAAUUCUGACUAUACUCUGAGUAGAAGGAACAUUGUGUUCAAAAAGGAAUAACACAUACAUAUACAUGUAUUGUAUACGUUAUAUUUGGUCAUAGUGCAUCAAAUACAUGUCUUCAUAUGCACAAUAGAAAAGUCAUGUGAAAAAAAAUCUCUACAAGACUUAAAGACAAGAGGGAUGACUUCAACUCUACAAUAGUAAACUUUACCUUUAUGUCGAGCAAUUUUCCAGCAGCUGCAGCCUUUAGUGUCUACGCUUCACAACUUUUGAGGGACGAUCGGGCAUGCGCUUUCUACUAAGAUUUCAAAGAGUGUCACACGACUCUUGCUUAAAAUUUGUUUGAUCAAGGUUACAACAUUCAAGGCCUAAGUAAAGUUUUCAAAAAGUAUUAUUUUAGACAUGUGGAAGCCAUUUCCAAAUUUGACGCAUGCCUUUUCAUGAACACCUGGUGUCAUCACUAUUUGAUAAUAUUUCAUAAACACGUGCCCAUGAUAUAGUCGGAAUCGUCCUAAGGACUCUGCUUUCAGCAAAGAUUUCUUAUGAAUAUUGAAUUUGUUGUCACUUUCAUGUUAUUUACAGUUAUCCUGUGCUUUUGUUGUAUUCUCAGUUGUGUUGGUAUUUCGGUCUCAUCUUCAAUUCUUAUCAGUUGGUAUUUCAACUCGUAGUUCAAAAACAUCUUUAUUCUUGGUGAAAGUUGUUCUGGUAAGUAAAACAAAAUGUGGGUUGGUUCGUGGAUAAGGUGUUAAUGAUAUUGAUCAUGUGGCGAUUUUUCAUUCAUUAUGAUUGGUGAUUAGGUUCAUGCUUUUUGAGUUUGCACAUCUUAUUAACCACGUGGUCACUUUGAAAUGCACAUCACAGGAGUAAAAGGUUAGUUUCAAAGUACUUGACAUUAAUUAUUUGUUCUAUUUAGUCUAUAAGUAUCACUCCACUUAACAUAAAGUACCUUCGCCAUGUUUUAUGAUGU